AUACACCAAACGCAAAAGUUCUCAUAAACUAAUCGAACCCUUUUCCCUUACAAUUUGUUAAAUUCUUUUUAUUUUAUUUUUAUUUUAUUUUAUUUUAUUUUUUUUCUUUUUGGUUGAUUCUGAAUAAACCUUAUUUCUUUUUUACUAAACAAAAUGUCGUUUUCUGAAGUCAGCGACACAUUUAGUACAUAUCCCAAUGUAGCCCAAAGGAAUUUUCCUUUUUAUAGUAGUAAUUCUACUGUAGAUUCUGACAACGAACAAGAAGAAUUUACUGGUACAGCUUCUUAUUCUAACGAGGAUUCUAACCUUGAAGACGACAUCAGUGAAGAAAUGGAGGAUAGUGAAGAGGAAAUUGAAGAAAGAGAA